ACCCACUCUCACACUUAGGAGAAGGGGAGGGAAAUUAAAAUGACUGUAACAAACCAGCCCUCGGCUGGGAGAACAUUUGCAGAAUAAAUGGGCUUUGCUGUUCACCACCAUGCAUCCCACUCCCAUUCUGCGCAGGGGUCAGUUUUGAAGGGUCUGGAUUUGCCAUCCUGGGACCUGCUGGGAGCACAGGAAACAGAGUGUCGGAGCUACAGGGUGGUAGGGAUGGAAGCUCCUUGUGUGGAACGGGAAAUACCAGCCCUCUCCAGCUGCAGCCUCCACCUGAGUCUUGUUCUGCACCCUAGGAUGGCCCACAGAUCCCUGAGCGACGCUGCUCUCUGCCUGCUGGGCAGGCAGGUGAGACAAACAGUUAUCUGCCAUGGGCUGCAGCACACCUCACUCUGAAGGGCCGGGAGGGAGGAAAGAAGCACCGCCCCAAGGAUCCUUCCCCCUGUCAGCACCAGGCCUGGGCCAGUGCCAGAGGCAGGAUACAGGAAUGGCUGGACCAGGGCACUGAGCUAGCGUCUGCAGUGGUGAGGAUGUUUCACCAACCAGCUGGCCUCCCUCCCACUGUAAUUAUCUCUUCCUGAGGCACCAGCCGACUUGCACACGGAGGAAAAGCCUCUCUUGAUUCUGCCUCCUACCAGGGCAGAGGCCAGCCCUAGGUUUUGUCUGCAACUGAAAUCCGUGUUUCCCUUAAUCAAGUGGCACUCGUGGACAGGAGGGGUUGGGCCGAGCGGCUGCAAUUCAUCCCCCCAGCCGCACCUAAACUCUUCCCCCUGCCACGGAACAAAAGCUCCCCCCAUGCAGAGCUCUCUGCAGCUGGGGCCAGCAGGAAAGGGACAAGGAAGGCAGCCCGAGGACAGGGGAGGCAGAGUCUGACCCCUUGUUGGUUCCAGUGGGUCUGGCUGUUGAGUGGUCACAUGACCCAGGAAUUUGGCACUGUGUGGAGUGCCAGGUGGAGACACCAGAGCCUAGUCUCCCUGCACAUCCUGCAACAUCCAGAAGGGAGGGAACCUUAAUGGAGAGGAAGGAUUGUCUAGUGGUUAGUGUACAGGCUUGGGAAGCCGCACUCAGGGUUUCUAUUCUUGGCUCUAGGAGGGAGCUGUUAGAGCACGGGGACUGGGAAACAGGACUCCUGGGUUCUAUUCCCAGCUCUGCCGCUGUGUGACCCUGGGUGAAUUACUUCCCUGCUCUGUGCCUCAGUGUCCCCCUCUAUUAAUACAGCGAUGCCUGCCUGCCAGGAGAGCUAGUGCCUCCAGAGGUGGCUGAAUUUUGGUCUGGGAAGUGCAGAUGCAAAGUCUGAACCCAGGAACCGAGGCUGGCCUCUUUCCCUCCCCUCCCCGUCUCGGGAGCCCACGUGAUUGCUGUAGAAACUACUGAAUGAAAACAGGUGGUGCUCCACAGACGGGGGCUUUCUCAGCCACAAGCCACCGAACAGGCCAGUCACGCCACAGGAGAACGAGCGUCGCUUCCUGCCCUGCUUAGCCCCACAGAUUGACCCGCCUGGGCCACUGGCUCAGCCUAGGGUCUCGGCUUUUAAUUCCUCCCAACGGUUGGAGCCAAAGAAUCUGACGCUGGCUAGAGGCUGUACAUGUGUCUACCAGCCAGGUCUGCAGCUGCCCUUCGAUCCUGACCCAUGGGCCCCUCUGCUAGCCCAGCCCUGGGUACCCCUUGGCUUUGCUGGUGCCCCCCAAUCCCCAUUCACAGCCCCCUGCUAUUCCAGCCCUGAGCUCCCCCACCUCCCAGCUCUCUGUAAGGGAGGGGCCAUGGAGCCUCAGCCCUUGGCUCCCCACAGCCUAUGGGCAGCCAGCCCCCUCCCCUUUAGACCCACCCCUGAACAAGCCCCAGUUGAGGGGUUCCCUCCAGGCUUAAGCAGCUGCGGCAGCUUUUCCAGGCUCAAGGGAGGUUUCCCUCCUGCUUAAUUCGGGGGAUUUUAACCCCUUCCUCUGCAAGACCCCUCCCUCUCUUUGGGGAGCUCAGAACCCCCCAGGGCCCAGUCCAGGGCCCUCUCCAGCAUGUGACAGACAAUUCUAUAAUGGUCCCUGGUCCGUGACCUGCGGAAACCAGAGGCAGGAGCUUUUUUGGUUAAGGAAGCCCACACGUAGUAAUUAAAGUGACGCAGGCAGUGACCUGGCUGCUGGUUCCCAGCACACGGCGGCAGCAGCUGCAGGCAGCAGGUCACGGCACGGGGACCAUGGACCCCGCAGUGGCCAAAGCCACCCUGAAGGUGCUGGGGCUGUGCGUGGUCCUGCUCUUCCUGGUCGCCGCGGUGACGGUCUCCGUGGCAGUGAUGAUGUGGCACUUGGAGGCAGCACAGAAGCUGCAGGGUUGCCGGGAGUGGGCAGCCAAUGAGACCUUGGCCCUGGGGGGCCGCGUGGCCGAGCUGGAGCGGGACGUGGCCGAGCUCACGGGGCGGCUGCAGGAGGACACCCAGAAGGAGAAACAGCUUCAGAGGCAGCUGGGCCAGGCUAAGGAUGAGGGCAGGAAACUCAAUGCCACCUUGCUGUCCUGCCGGGAGCAUGAGAGCACGCUCUCCGCCAACGUGACAGCCCUGCGGAACGCGCUUGCGGCCAUUCAGCUGGAGGGCACCGAGAUGGACACCAGAAACAUCGCCUUGCAAGAGCAGCUGACCCAGUGGCAGGGGAAAGCCAUGGAGCAGGCGCAGCGGCUGGAGGAGGCCCUGCAGCAGCACCAGGCAUCGGUGGCGCGGCAGGGGCAGUGCGAGGCCCAGCAGAGUGAGCUCCAGCGCAGCAUGCGGUACUACAGGGCCAAAAUCGACUCCCUCCAGCGGCGGCUGAGCUCCCGAGCCACCAGGCGCAGGUGUCCCCCAUUCUGGUAUUUUGUGUGGGUGAUGGCAAGCGCUUCUUGCUUUAUUUUCUCGCUCGAAGGCUUGAAAUCUUAUGUCUGAGGCAUCUAGGGGAAGCCAGGCUUAAAGGAGAUGAGAGGGCUUGUGAGAGAUCAUUUACGAUCCCCCCCCUUCUACAGAGCGGGACACACUGCAGCUCCACACCAGAGACAGCUGCAAUGACCCGAAAACAGCUGCAGCACGGCACGGCUCCAUCCCACCCCAGAAGCCAACAGCCUCCUCCUGCAACAGUAACAGCCAUAAACAAAUUGAAAAGACACUGAGUCCGCUGGGUCCUACUAGGCUGAGGCAUCCCAAGGGACGCUGGGAAAUCUGUCAUUGUACGGUUCAGAGUCUGUGGCGUGGACUUCUCUCUCUGUGUGUGUCCUGGCUCCAUUCUGUCUCCCUCUCCCUUCUCCUCCCUUCCCUCCUUCGCGACAUGCUUCUGCCUGGGGUCUUCUGAGCUCUGCACAGCAUGUCCCCGCGUCUAAACUGCCUGGUGUAUAAUCUACUCACCGUGAGGAAAUCAGACCACCUGGUGCUAAUUUCCCCUCUGGGCCUGGACUCACCCAUGGGGGAGUCUAACCAGCAUUUAACCAUCUGUUUGUAUGCGGAUCUGCUCAUUAAUAUUCAAAAAAUAGCUGCCUGACAGGUCUCAUUAGUGACACCAGCACCAUGCCAAGGACCAGGUAUCCCUGCAGGCCCUUUGGCCUCCAAGAACAUAAGAAUGGCCAGACUGGGUCAGAGCAAAGAUCCAUCUAGCCCAGUGUCCUGUCUUCCGACAGUGGUCAGUGCCAGGUGCCCCAGAGGGAAUGACCAGAACAGGGAAUCAUCAAGUGACCCAUCCCCUGUGGCCCAUUCCCAGCUUCUGGCAAACAGGCUAGCAUUUCAGAGAAGAUGCUAGUUCUGCCCCACACCUCCAUGCAAUCCUUUGGAAGUCUAGCAGGUUGUACAGGUGUUAUCGCGAGUUAAGAUUUGGCCCUGUCUCCACAGGGAUCUUUCACCCACCACUGAAAUCCACCCGCCUUUGGGGAAGCACUUGGCAAUUGUUUAACCGCACCCAGCGAGGCAGCAUCACUGCAGCAGGAUUUGGAACAGGAAUAAAUUCUCCAGCACAAACUACAGAGAACAUUAGGGAAGCUGAAUUCGAUGCUUCAAGAUGGGAACAGGCCAGGAUGCCUGGGUGAGGAUUAGAAAUAUUAUUCUAGAACUACAUCUGCUUUUGAGCUGGGAGGCAGGAUCCCCAGCUCCUAUGGAAGUUCCCAUGCUAGCUAUGCUCGAGCAAGCACCCAAAACCAGCAGAGCGUCCGCCGCAGUUUGGGCUAGCCGCUCUGAGUACAAGCCCACCUCAACCCCAGGCAUGUACUCGGGCGGUAGUCUGAGCCCCCACCCACAUGGGCACCCUGCUAGUUGUAGAGGCUAGCACCUGGGAACCGCUACGCCAGCUGGAAUCACACCUCCCCGCUCAAAUGUAGACGUACUCUCUGUCUCCUCUGAAAGCUGCUAUUUCCUGCUGCUCAAUAGGACGUUAGUCCAACCCCGACUUGAGGCAUAACCACGGGUAACUAAAUUCCGCUCUUUCAAUAGUUUAUAAGAAUCAUUUCUAUCAAUAUUAAAUACUUC